CUUGUCUUCUCCUCUGCUCUGCUCUCCUCUCCGUCCACUGCGGAACAGCGGCCCGUUUUUCUCCCAUCAGACCCAGCCCGCCAUGGACAACUCCGGCAAAGAGAAGGAGGCCAUGCAGCUGAUGGCUGAGGCCGACAAGAAGGUCAAAGCGUCCGGAUCCUUCCUCGGGGGGAUGUUCGGGGGAAACCAUAAGGUGGAGGAUGCCUGUGAAAUGUACGCCAGAGCAGCCAACAUGUUUAAGAUGGCAAAGAACUGGAGCGCUGCGGGGAAUGCAUUCUGUCAGGCUGCUCGGCUCCACAUGCAGCUGCAGAACAAACUGGACUCCGCCACCAGCUUUGUCGACGCCGGCAACGCCUACAAGAAGGCCGACCCACAGGAGGCCAUCAACUGUCUAAAUCAGGCCAUUGACAUCUACACUGACAUGGGUCGGUUUACUAUUGCAGCCAAGCAUCACAUCACUAUAGCAGAGAUUUAUGAGUCUGAGCUGGUUGAUAUUGAGAAGGCCAUUGCCCACUACGAGCAGGCAGCAGACUACUAUAAGGGAGAAGAGUCAAACAGCUCAGCCAAUAAAUGUCUUCUGAAGGUCGGACACUACAGCGCUCAGCUGGAGCAGUACCAGAAAGCUAUUGAAAUCUAUGAACAGGUUGCUAUGAGCACCAUGGACAAUCCUCUGUUGAAGUACAACGCUAAAGAGUAUUUCUUCAAGGCUUCACUGUGUCACUUCAUAGUGGACGAACUGAAUGCCAAGUUGGCCAUAGAGAAGUAUGAGGAGAUGUUUCCAGCCUUCUCAGACUCCAGAGAGCUCAAACUGUUAAAGAAACUCCUCGAAGCCCACGAGGAGCAGAACAGCGAGGCGUUCACAGAGGCCGUCAAGGAGUUUGACUCGGUGUCUCGCCUGGACCAGUGGUUGACCACGAUGCUGCUCCGCAUCAAAAAGACCAUCCAGGGAGACGCCGGGGACCUGAAAUAG